AUGCUAAGCAUAGUGGAGGGUAUCCUCUUUUUUGUUGCAAUUAGUGAGUCAAUACUGGGGGUUUUAGGGAAUGGAUUUAUUGGACUUAUAAACUGCAUUGACUGUGUCAAGAAUAAGAAGUUCUCUAUAAUUAGCUUUAUUCUCACUGGCCUAUCUAUUUCCAGAAUUUUUCUGAUAUGGAUACUGACUACAGAUGGAUUUAUAAAGCUAUUUUCUCCAGAUAUGUAUGCAUCUGCUAAUAUAAUUGAGUGCAUUACUUACUUGUGGAUAAUUAUCAAUCACUCAAGUGUCUGGUUUGCCACCAGCCUCAGCAUCUUCUAUUUCCUGAAGAUAGCAAAUUUUUCCCACUACACAUUUCUCUGGAUGAAGGGUAGAAUGAGCAGGGUUCUUCUCCUUCUGAUGGGGUCAUUACUUAUUUCAUUGUUACUUACUUAUCCACAAGCUGUGAAGAUUGUUCAUGAUUACAGAAGGAAGAAUAGAAAUACAACUUGGCAGCUCAGCAUGCAUACAGAUGAAUACUUUAUCAUUCAAAUUUCACUUAAUCUGGGAGUCAUUUUCUUUUUUGCACUAUCCCUAAUUACAUGUUUCUUGUUAGUCAUUUCCCUUUGGAGACACAACAGGCAGAUGCAUUUGAAUGCCACAGGAUUCAGAGAUCCCAACACAGAAGCUCAUGUGAAGGCAAUCAAAGUUUUAAUAUCUUUCACCAUCCUCUUUAUCUUGCAUUUCAUAGGCAUUGCCAUAGAAAUAUCAAGUUUUCGUUUUCCAGAAAACAAACUACUUUUUCUUUUUGGUUUGACAACCACAGCCAUCUACCCCUGGGGUCACUCAUUUAUCCUAAUUCUAGGAAACAGGAAGCUGAAGCAAGCCUCUUUGAAAAUACUGCAACAAUUAAUGCACUGUGAGAAAGGGGAAAAUCUCAGAGCCACAUAA